AUGUCUAAUAAUGAUGAUGGGUUCCAUACUGCUAAGCGGAGGAAGCUUGACACCUCGCAAGAGGCUGCAGACUCCUCUGCCAUAACGUCACAUACACAGCUACGAUCGCUUCUAGUCUUCCAACAAAACGUUGUAGAAUCAAAGCAAGGCAUAAGGCGAUUCAAAGAGUUCCUCACGUCAAUAGGACAGACUAACCAUGAAGGCGAGAAAGCCAAAAAAUUCCGCAUACUUAAGGCGUACUGCGACACUCAAAUUACUCGCAACACAGAAGAAGCAAUCUGCUUUCCGGAGAUCAUCCAGACGUGGAACUUCGCAGACAGCAGUAAUAAUGAAUCAUUACUUACUUCUGUGCCCUCAGUUCUCGCAAUCUUCCUGAAGACCGUCUCCAGCAAUCUGGAUUUUCGGGAAUUUGGUAUCGCUCUGUGCAAGUAUUUGCUGCAGAAGGACCAGCUGCGGCUUUUCAACCGUGGCCUUACUGCGAACAAAUCUAAAGAGCAUCUGAUUUCUCCUUGUCUUCGACUCCUGACGGAGAUCGUCAGUUUCGACGGCGGUGCUGUCGCCCGGCAGCUCUACAUCGCGCGUCACAUUACUUUUAAGCGCAUGGACGUGUUUCUGACACCGAACAAAGCGCAGCUGGAAGACAACGCCGAUGAUCCUAAUGCAUCUACUCUGAGGCGGAACGCUCAGCGAUAUGUUCUUGCAAACUUGAAAUUUCAGAACACUGCCAACAAGACCGAUAUCAUCGAGCAACAAAAGGUCAUAAGAGCUUUUCUUGAACAUCUAAGAAAGGACCCGCAUGAAAUUGUCAUCGAUAUCGUCAAAGCAAUUGAAAGAGAUGUAAUCCAAGAUAGCUCCCUCUCCCGCAACACCAAGACCAAAUUCUUCAGUCGAUGGAACCUUGAAAGACUGGUCACCCUUUACGGUUAUGACCGAGAAUCCGAACAGGAAAACGCGACCGGCUUGUCUCUCGCCGAUGAGGCACAUAAGAUCUUGUUGACAGUCUGCACCAAGACUGAGCAUGGCGUUUUGCUGCCUCAAACAGGAUGGUACCCUGUUAACAGCGAUCCAGAAUUGCUUCCAAUUGAAGACGAUGCUUCGAUUGAUUUAGGACUUGAUUCCGCAGUCUACGUGGAUAAGUACCGGGAAUCGGUACCUGUCCGCAAUGGUACGCUGUCUUACCUCAUUCAGGUCCUCCGUCCGGAAUCCGAUAGUCUCCAGAUUGCGCUUCUCUUAGCUAUUUUCAAAGCAGCGCCGGAGCUAAUUGCUGAUUACUAUACCAAGAAAGCGCUCUUUAUGGCAGAUCCAAAACCCACACCUUCGUGGAUGGCGGAAUCAACCGUUCUCUUCUCGACAGUUAGUUUACCGGUUCCUGCCAAUUGUGGUUGGAAGGAUAAGCUGCCCGCCAUGCCUCCGCCUGUUUCGGUGGUCAUCGAGAAUAUUCUUCCCCGGCCACUUACGCAGAAAGUGCUGACGCGCUGUUUCAACUUGAAUACUGAGAUCGUCACUCUUUUUGCAGUUAGAGUCCUGACGAUGUCUUUCAAUAAAUUGCGCGACACCCUGAAAAUCUUCCGUGCUGAUCAUGGCGCCGGCCAGCAUUUGUGGACCCAAGCUGCAGACAAGUUGACUGUUGAGUUUGGUCAUAGGUGCCCUCAGAUGAAGGACGUUGUAACUUUGUUUCGGAGAACAGCUAAAGAUGACUUGCAGCAGCUGGAGGCGGUCUCCGAGCUACUUGCUUGCUUCUAUGAGGUUCUGACAAAUGCGGCUCUGGAAGAGGGCUUUGACGUUUCCCUUGUUCUCGUUGAUAUUUUAAAACGACUGGACGAAGGAAAUCUCGACGCGGAGAGCACAGAACUCCUGAUAAGCCAAUUACAAAACAUUCUCAAAAUUGCUCAACAAUCUGCAUCCCUACGCUGGUGGAACCAGCCAGGAUCCAUGCAAUUUUCUGCGUUUACGUCCAUCUUGAGAGUCUUAAUCAACACGUCCUCUGAAGGUUCUUUCAAAGAGAUCCACUCACUCCUCGCAAAUGUGCUGAUAGAAUACUCGGUCAUUCGCUCCUCCAGCUUCUCGGCUGUCCUGUCUAGCUUUGGGUCGUCCGACUCCGAAUCUCAACACCAGUUGGCCUUCUUCGAUAAUUGCGCUUGCCGUGUGACCAAGAAGCCGGUUCACUAUCAAGAUCUACUCGGAUCUCUUGUCCAAACUCCCGAGCUGCUGAGUCCUCUAGUGGCUGCUGUUAUUGAGCAAUGGCCUUUCGUACUCAAAGCUGGAAAUGAUAGCGCUAAGACAAACGUGAGCGAAUUCAUCGUUAGAUUGCUCAGAAACCUUCAUCCAGCCGGGGAGAGUCUACAAGGGCUGAAAGCGGCUCGGGACGAAUUAGUCAACGCUACGGAGGAUCGGAAGCUGAAGUCACGCUUCAGAAAGGCCUUGAAAGGGUGUGAAGAGGACGAAAAAGAGGAUCAGAACCCAGACUCUGAACCAAGAGAACAACCCUCGUCAGCCCCGAAAAAAGAAUGGCAAAACAUUGAUUUGGAAGAAAUUUUUGGCUCUUUACCGGCCGAGGGGACUACUCAUAAUGAGCUAUAUAGAUGGGACCAAAAAGAGGUAGCGGAGUCGCUGGAGGAGGGUCGAAUAGCAGAGCUUUUCCUAUGCCUGUGCUCCGAGCAUGAAGAGGUUCGGAGACAGGCGCUUCCGAACAUUUCGCGAUUCAUGAUGAAGCUCAAGGUAAUAUCCUCGUUGCCUGAAUCCAAGUAUGCCGAAUGGCGCAGCGCCUACAUCCUAACUGGAGAAUUCCUCGAGACUGUCAAACAAAUUGGGGUUGAAUCACCCGUGCCGUGGAUUGUGGGAGAAUGUGCUGCCAGCUGUCUUGCAAUUCUUGUGGACCCGAUGCAUAAACUCUAUGGAAAGAUCAAUAAGUUCCUUCAGAAAGCUCCUGCUUGGGAGGUGGAAAAAAUACCGUCUUAUUGGAUUGACAAAAUCCUGUUGCAUGAGCCCGAGUUGGAUGACGGCUACUUUGAGGAAACCGCAUGGCUAUUGGAUCUGCUUGUCAAGGGACUUCGAACGGAACAGGAUAUGGAGAUAUAUCGCCGGGCCAACGUUUUUGAGAGAGUCCUGUCGUUCUACGAUUCACCAGGUGCUGGCUUCUCUGCGAAGAAGAAAAUUUUGCACUUGGUGUACCGCUCAACACAGGUCCAGGGCAGUACAACUUUGAUUACAAGAGCAGGCAUUAUUAGUUGGAUACAGAGCCAAAUCCCAUCAGUCACCGGCAGGGAUGCGUCCACCCUUACAGCUAUGGCGCAGUCAUUACUUCAAUCGUCGGACCAUGAUCGGACCGUGAAGUGGAGUGAAGGCGCUGUACAACGAGCAGUUGAACAGAUUACUGCGUAGAAUUGGACGAGGUGAGGAUAACUUUGGACCAUAUACCCACUAUAU